CCGAGCCGGCAGGGCCCCCCGCCUCGGCUUUGUGCUCCCGCUCACACUUUGCAGGAGCUGCGGGACUGGGAAUCCCGGGCUCCCGAGGCAGCCUUGCCUCCUCCUCCUUUCCCCCCCCGCCUCCUCCUCCUCCGGAACGGGGCGCAUGAUGGCGGCAGCCGCCGUAGCGGAGGUGAGCAGCGCCGGCAGCAGCAGCACCGAUACCUCCAGUACGGGCGAGGAGGAGAGGAUGAGGCGCCUCUUCCAGACCUGCGACGGCGAUGGGGAUGGCUUCAUCAGCAGGAAUGACUUGCUGAUGGUGUGCCGCCAGCUGAAUAUGGAGGCGUCUGUUGCAGAGAUCAUGUGCCAGCUGGGAGCAGAUGAAAAUGGAAAAAUUUCCUUCCAGGAUUUUAGUCAGUGCCACAUGGAACUGGUACAGGAAAUCAAGAAGGAGGAAGUGGAGCUUUCUGUGAGAUCGGAUGACUCUUGUAAAAGGAAAAAGUUAAGAGAUAGAGUAGCUUCCUGGCCAACUAGCAGCAAUAACAGUUUAGGUGCCUUAUCAGGAGCCAGAGAAAGCUGGGAGUAUGAUUCAGGAGCGAGAGAUCUUCAGAGUCCAGACCUCCACAGUCAUUUUCCUCUACAAAAGGUGUUGGAGUAUGGUGGAAGCAAUGUGACUCAACAGGCUGCUCUGCAAAGACUUCUAGCCCAGGCCUCAAAUUGUAGCAACUCUGUUGGAACAAGCUAUGUAGAACUUGCCAACACUCUUCAUUUGGCAGCCCUGGCUUCAUUAAAGGGAGACAUCGUGGAGCUUAAUAAGCGUCUACAACAAACAGAAAAGGAGCGUGACCUGUUGGAAAAGAAAUUGGCAAAAGCACAGUGUGAGCAGUCCCACCUGAUGAGAGAGCAUGAGGAUGUGCAGGAACGAACGACGCUGCGCUAUGAGGAGCGGAUCACGGAGCUGCACAGCAUCAUUGCCGAGCUCAACAAGAAAAUUGAUAGACUGCAGGGAGCAACCAUAAGGGAGGAGGAUGAAUACUCAGAGCUGCAGUCGGAACUGAGCCAAAGCCAACAGGAGGUUAACGAAGACUCACGCAGCAUGGACCAGAACUCUGUCUCAGUGCCAGAGAACCAGUCCACCAUGGUCACUGCAGAUGUGGAUAAUUGUAGUGACUUGAAUUCAGAACUGCAGAGAGUGCUGACAGGUCUGGAAAAUGUUGUCUGUGGGAGAAAGAAAAGCAGCUGCAGUUUAUCGGUGGCAGAAGUGGACAGGCACAUUGAACAACUCACUACUGCCAGCGAACAUUGUGACUUAGCCAUUAAGACAGUGGAGGAGAUUGAGGGUGUGCUGGGACGUGACCUUUACCCAAACCUGUCUGAGGAGAGGUCUCGGUGGGAGAAGGAGCUGACUGGCCUGCGAGAAGAGAAUGAGAGCCUCACAGCCAUGCUGUGCAGCAAAGAGGAGGAGCUCAACAGGACCAAGGCCACCAUGAAUGCUGUCCGUGAGGAGAGGGACAGGUUGCGUAGAAGGGUUCGGGAGCUGCAGACCCGGUUGCAGAGCGUGCAGGCCACGGGCCCAUCCAGCCCAAGCCGCCUCACUCCUGCCAACCGCCCUGUCAACCCCAGCACGGGAGAGCUGAGCACCAGCAGCAGCAGCAAUGACAUUCCCAUUGCCAAGAUUGCUGAAAGAGUGAAGUUGUCAAAGACAAGAUCAGAGUCUUCAUCAUCUGAUAGACCAGUCUUAGGAUCAGAAAUCAGCAGCAUAGGGGUGUCUAGUACCGUGGCUGAACAUUUGGCACACUCCCUUCAAGACUGCUCAAACAUCCAGGAGAUCUUCCAGACUCUCUAUUCACAUGGAUCUGCUGUUUCUGAAAGCAAAAUCCGAGAGUUUGAAGUGGAGACAGAGAGAUUAAAUAGCCGUAUUGAACACCUGAAAUCCCAGAACGACUUGCUGACAAUAACACUGGAGGAGUGCAAGAGCAAUGCAGAGAGGAUGAGUAUGCUUGUGGGCAAAUACGAAUCCAAUGCCACAGCCCUCAGACUGGCACUGCAGUACAGUGAACAGUGCAUUGAAGCAUAUGAGCUGCUGUUAGCAUUGGCAGAGAGUGAGCAGAGUCUCAUUCUUGGACAGUUCAGAGCUGCAGGUGUUGGUUCUGUUGGGGACCAGACAGGUGAUGAAAAUGUCACACAGAUGCUUAAGCGAGCUCAUGACUGCAGGAAGACAGCUGAGAAUGCAGCAAAAGCCUUGCUGAUGAAGCUGGAUGGGAGCUGUGGGGGAGCCUAUGCAGUCACAGGCUGUAGCGUGCAGCCCUGGGAAAGCCUGUCCUCCAACAGCCACACCAGUACUACCAGCUCAACCGCAAGCAGUUGUGACACAGAGUUUACGAAGGAGGAUGAGCAGCGGCUGAAGGAUUACAUCCAGCAGCUGAAAAACGACAGGGCAGCAGUGAAACUGACAAUGCUGGAGCUGGAAAGUAUCCACAUUGAUCCCCUUAGUUAUGAUGUUAAGCCACGUGGAGACAGCCAGAGGCUAGACCUGGAAAAUGCUGUCUUGAUGCAGGAGCUCAUGGCAAUGAAGGAAGAGAUGGCAGAGCUGAAGGCACAGCUUUACCUGCUGGAGAAGGAGAAAAAGGCUUUGGAAUUAAAGCUGAGUACUCGAGAGGCCCAGGAGCAGGCCUACCUCGUCCAUAUUGAGCACUUGAAGUCUGAAGUGGAAGAACAAAAAGAGCAGAGAAUAAGGUCUCUAAGUUCAACCAGCAGCGGAAGCAAAGACAAACUGGGCAAGGAAUGCAGUGAUGGCACUGCAACACCACUAACAGUCGCUGAUCUGAGACCAUACAAUGAGAGUGAACUGACAGCUGAGCUGACAAAUGCACUCAGGAGGGAGAAGAAACUGAAAGCAAGAGUGCAGGAGUUAGUGAGUGCUUUGGAGAGACUCACGAAGAGCAGUGAAAUCAGACAUCAGCAGUCUGCAGAAUUUGUUAAUGAUCUUAAAAGGGCAAACAGCAACUUAGUAGCAGCUUAUGAAAAAGCAAAGAAAAAGCAUCAAAAUAAGCUGAAGAAACUGGAAUCACAAAUGAUGGCCAUGGUGGAGAGGCAUGAAACUCAAGUAAGAAUGCUCAAACAAAGAAUAGCUUUAUUGGAAGAAGAGAACUCCAGACCACACACCAAUGAAACUUCACUUUAAAUGCAUCUCUUUAAAGGAUGCUUAGUGCCAUUACAACUUCUUUCUUUUGGAGGCUAACUUUUAGGUAGCUUCAUAUGUUAGAAUCUCUGAUUGUCAAUGCUGACAAAACUUAAGAGCACCUUCUCUGGGAUUCCAGAGAGGUGUAAUGGGGAUAAUAAAAGACCUUAAAGACUUUUACGUAAUGUAAAAUGGCAGUGCCUGAAUUAUCAUGCUAUAAUUGUGUACAUUGUCUGUGUUGUUAUGUCUGUAGCCAUACAGCUUGUUUUCCGUUUUAUUGAUGGCCCAUCGGUGACAGUGUCACACAGCAGAAUAAUUCACGUUAAGAGGUUUUCAUUUGGUAGUUUGGAGAUCAUGUGAGAGUUUUACCAAUCCCUGAGCUCUCUCUGCACCGAAGUCCACAUUGUACCCUCAAGACUCGCUGUUGUGGUUACACCACCAAACGGCAGCUGCAGAAUAGGCAUGGCAGCCUGGCUGGCUUUUUCUUUUCACCCUGCUUGCAGUUCUGCUGCUCAUAGUGCAGGUCAGGUAGGAAAAAAUUCAUUUGGGAAAAAACAAGAAAGCAUAGUUGCAUCUCUGAGAAUUAUGAUAAAGGUGUAAUUUUUACAGUGCCUAAGAGGGCCAAAGGCUGUGGGUUUCACCAUGCCACACAGACAGUCUGUGCUAAGGGUGGGUAAGAAAUUGCAGAAAACCUCCUGAUAUUUAUAUUGCAUAAUGUUUGCAACUACUUUGUAAAAAAAGAUGGUUUUUUCUUGCUAUAUACUCUAUAUCCAAGGUUUUCUUUAAGAAGCUGGGCCAUUUUUGUCACUUGUGUUGUGCUUAUUACAGCUUAUCAAGACGUGUAUUUUCUUUCAUACUUUUCUUUUGACCAAAAAAAGGUACUGUAAUUUCACGACCAUAAGGCGCACCAGAUUA